UGCUUGCAGUCAGUCAGUCGGGGCGGCUGCUGGGAUCUGGCUACGUCGUUGGAGGCUCUACUACAGAACCUAGGCGGCGGGCCCCAACCUCUGGCACUGCUGCCACCCCCUCCCUGGUUCUUCUGGCCCACGCAGCCAUCUCCAGUCCUGCUUGGUGUGGAACAGCGCCGGUUCGGCGCGGAACAGCCUAGGAGAGCAGGUCUACAGCUCUGCUACUCCGAAGCAAGAAUUGCUACGAUGCCCAUCCUGGAAAAGGUCCCCCAAAAGAUGCCUGUGAAAGCUUCUAGCUCUGAGGAGGAGCCGGAUUUACCUAAAUUGCCAGUGCCCCCACUGCAGCAAACCCUGGCCACCUACCUGCAGUGCAUGCAGCACCUGGUACCCGAAGAGCAGUUCAGGAAGAGCCAGGCCAUCGUGAAGCGGUUUGGGGCCCCUGGUGGCCUGGGAGAGACCCUGCAGGAAAAACUCUUGGAGAGACAGGAGAAGACAGCCAAUUGGGUCUCUGAAUACUGGCUGAAUGACAUGUAUCUAAACAACCGCCUGCCCCUGCCAGUCAACUCUAGCCCUGCUGUGAUCUUUGCUCGGCAGCACUUCCAAGAUACCAAUGACCAGCUAAGAUUUGCAGCCAGCCUCAUCUCUGGUGUGCUUAGCUACAAGACGCUGCUGGACAGCCACUCCCUUCCCACUGACUGGGCCAAGGGGCAGCUCUCAGGGCAGCCCCUCUGUAUGAAGCAGUACUACAGACUCUUCUCCUCUUACCGGCUUCCUGGCCAUAUCCAGGACACACUGGUGGCCCAGAAGAGCAGUAUCAUGCCUGAGCCUGAGCAUGUCAUCGUGGCCUGCUGCAACCAGUUCUUUGUCUUGGAUGUUGUCAUUAAUUUCCGCCGUCUCAGUGAGGGUGAUCUGUUCACUCAGUUGAGAAAGAUAGUCAAAAUGGCGUCCAACGAGGAUGAACGCCUGCCUCCAAUCGGCCUGCUGACGUCAGACGGGAGGAGCGAGUGGGCCAAGGCCAGGACGGUCCUCUUAAAAGACUCCACCAACCGGGACUCCCUGGACAUGAUCGAGCGCUGCAUCUGCCUGGUAUGCCUGGAUGGUCCAGGUACUGGAGACCUCAGUGACACGCACAGGGCCCUCCAGCUCCUUCACGGUGGCGGCUGCAGUUUGAAUGGAGCGAAUCGCUGGUAUGACAAGUCCCUGCAGUUUGUGGUGAGCCGAGAUGGCACCUGUGGUGUGGUGUGUGAGCAUUCCCCUUUUGAUGGCAUCGUCCUGGUGCAGUGCACGGAGCACCUGCUGAAACAUAUGAUGUCAAGCAACAAGAAGCUGGUCCGAGCAGAUUCAGUGAGUGAGCUCCCUGCCCCAAGAAGGCUGAGGUGGAAAUGUUCCCCAGAAACUCAAGGCCACCUCGCCUCCUCAGCAGAGAAACUUCAAAGAAUAGUGAAGAAUCUGGAUUUCAUUGUUUAUAAGUUUGACAACUAUGGGAAAACAUUUAUUAAGAAGCAGAAAUGCAGCCCUGAUGGCUUCAUCCAGGUGGCCCUCCAGCUGGCCUACUACAGGCUUUACCAGAGACUGGUUCCCACCUAUGAGAGUGCAUCCAUCCGCCGCUUCCAGGAAGGUCGGGUGGACAACAUCAGAUCGGCCACUCCAGAGGCUCUGGCUUUUGUACAAGCCAUGACUGACCACAAGGCUGCCAUGCUGGCUUCUGAGAAACUGCGGCUGCUGCAGACGGCCAUCCAGGCCCAGACUGAGUACACAGUCAUGGCCAUAACCGGCAUGGCUAUUGACAACCAUCUUCUGGCACUGAGGGAGCUGGCCCGAGACCUGUGCAAAGAGCCACCUGAGAUGUUCAUGGAUGAAACAUACCUGAUGAGCAACCGGUUUGUUCUCUCCACCAGCCAGGUACCCACAACCAUGGAGAUGUUCUGCUGUUAUGGCCCCGUGGUCCCCAAUGGGUAUGGAGCCUGCUACAACCCCCAGCCUGAGGCCAUCACCUUCUGCAUCUCCAGCUUUCACAGCUGCAAAGAGACCUCAUCUGUGGAGUUUGCAGAAGCGGUGCGAGCAAGCCUUGUUGACAUGAGAGACCUCUGCAGUACACUGCAACCUGCUGACGGCAAGCCACCAGCAGCAAAGGAGAAAAGAGGCCCAGCCAAGCCAAGCAAUCUUGACUCCUGCCACUAGCCCAAUCUCCUACAGGAGUCAAACCCUACUCAGCCCUGCUCCCAUCCCCCACCCCAGCUUGUUGUUGCUCCUCUAUCCUUGGGGGCUCAUAUGAAGCUGGCACGUGAAGAGAGAGAGCCCCUCAUUAUUUAUCAAGGUGGCCCCUGGCCUUUACAACUGGAAAUGAGACCCAGCCUGGCUUGAAAGUAGCCGGAGUGAGCUGGGAGCUCCCUCUGAGGGCCUCAGAAACUUAACCUUUAUGCUUCUUUCCCAGCAACACCCAGUGGUGCACAUGGUAGCUCUGCCAGUGGAAGAAUAGUCACCUCAUCACAUGUUCUGGGUCUAAAUAAGUCACGAAGGCAGAGGCUAGCUCUGGAUCAUCACCUGCCGCUGUCCUCCCACACACUCACAUGCACACAGAUAGCCCGAGUUCGAUUAGAAUACAGUGGUCCGCACCCACAAAGACAUGUCUUCUUUUAUCUUCCAUAGCACAGUCUUCCUUGAGUUCAGAUAAUCUCAUCCAGCUAUUCAGAGAGAGAGAGAGAGAGAGAAAAGAGAGAGAAACAAAGAGAGAGAGAAAGAGAGAGAGAGGGAGAGAGAGAGAGCAGCAAUUAUCUUCAUUUGAUAAUGGAGAGACCUAAGUCUCUGGCAAGGCUGUGAGGAUUAAGGGUGGGUUGUGGGUGAACGGCUGCAUGGCAGAUGAGCAGUGGUGCCCUCUUUGGGAAGACCCUGUCCAACAGGCAUUGUUGGAGUGAUUUUCUCCUCAACCAUUUACACUGAUCUGGAGAACCAAGCCUUGCUGCUCGUCUCUAUCAGAUAAGAAACUCACUGUGUUUAUUGGAUGUAUCAAACCAUGCACUGUGAGGGUGUAAGACCCGUAAGUGGUAGACCCUUGGCUGGAGGGAACACCACCUCCCUUAGGAAGGGACUGGAAGCUGGCCUUUCCCCUCCAAGAACAAAGGAGGGUACUCGUAUUUAUGCAAAGGCAACUCUGAGCCAUGGCCACAGGCUGCUCUGUGGGGACCCUGGGAGAUGGAAAAUGAGACAGUUGAUUGAAGCAGUGAUGCACUCAUUGCAAGUAUGGCCACCUUGUCAUACUGCUAAAUUGCCAAAUUAUUUAUGAAGUUAAUGUUUGGGUUCUAUUUUUAUAAUAUAGUUCUAGAUUUAUGGCAAUAUGUACAUUUUAAUUUAUAGUUCUGUGCUUUAAAGAAACACAUGUAUGAAUAAAGAGCGGUAUAUUGAAAACAUUCUAUUUAAGGUAUUUAAGGACUGUAAGUCUGACUUCAAUAAAAUGUAAUGCC